AAUUGAUUUGUUUACCUGCCUUGAAAAUGCGCAAUUCUUAGGGCUUACGAAUAAAGAAAGUCGGAAUACAUUACACACACAACAAAGAGUAACCCAUUUGGGAGUGCCUGGAACUGAGGCAACCUUGAGUGUUUGGAAUGGAUGAUAAUCUGAGCACCAAGUCCUCGGAAUCCUCGAUAACAACAAGCGGGGAGUACGAAAUAGUUACCGACAGCAAUGUGGCCAGUCCCAUGGAGCAGGUGAAGCAGGUUGUCAACCCGGAGGGAACUCAGCCAUCAGUGGGAGGCAAGCCGCCCACUUCUCUAAGUGCUCUGGCUCUGUCCUCUCCCGAAGCUGGAGGAGAUCGCUCGCCCACACUGGACAUGGCCCAUAAUCGCAACCUAAGCGACAUGCAGCAUGAGAUGACGGACGCCCUUAAAGAUCUGGAGUUGGAACGCGGCGUAGCUGCCACUGGGGAGAAGUCAGCGCCACGUCUCCCAAGUCACCAGCAAAAGUCUCUGACCCUACCGCUCACGGGCUCCGGCGGGAGAUCUGCCGAUCCUGAGAUGCGUUUCCCCUGCACCUUGUUCUCACCCAAGAGCGAGGAGACCCUCGACGAUGCCUCCAGCUCAAACAGAGUGGGCCAUUCGGUGUUCUAUGACUGCAUAGACUCUAGUCCCGCCUGCGUGGAGGAAAAACAGGAUGCCAUGAAGCCGGAGAAAGGCGACACCACCGACGAGGAGGUUUCUGAAAUCGAUCAAGGCUGCACCAUAUUUUCCGGAGUCACCUAUCUGGGCGCAGCCAACAUUAAUGCGCCCAAAUCCGAGACGGAGGUCUACCGCAUCAUGGGAGAGCUGAAUAGUGGCUCCAAGUCGGUGGGGCUAAAGAUCACUGUGAGCAUACCCAAUUGCUCCGAAGGCCUGGUUGUCCUCCACGAUGCCGAGAGCAAUACUAUUAUUGCCACUUAUGAGAUAUCCAGCAUUAUCUUGUACUAUCGAGGACCAGUGGACACGGUGGAAAACGGAUGCUUUGCAUUCACUUGGCUCCACGGCGAUGCAUUGUUUCAGUGCCAUGUGUUUCGGUGCCAUAUUCCCGAAGCGGUUAAUCAAGUCAGCGCCUGCUUCCAGAAGGCAUUCCAGACUUAUCCGCCCAGCAUGAGUUGCAGCCUUAAUUCGGCCGUUGACAUGGCCAACUCGGUAACCUCCGAUUUAAGCGGAAAUCCUUUAAACACGGCUGGAUAUGAGUUCAUAGUCUCGUUAGAGAUCCGUGAGCGGGUGGCAAAGAACUCGUAUGCAGCCGUUCCUCGCGAUAGGGGAUGCUUCAAGCUACGGGCAAAUACAGAUAAGGAGGUGUGCAUCACAGUCAAACAGACUCCGUCGAAUGUUCUUCAACCAUUGCAUAUCGAACGAUGUUUCGGUGUUCUAGUGGCACCCGGAAAACUAGUAGUCCAAAAGGAUAUGCAUUUGAUCGACAUGCACAGCAUGGGUUACAUACAACCAGGCGGAACAGGAGUAACAACCGAAUCGGACAGCAAUGCCCAGCAGAGCUCCACAUGGCCCUAUACAAUUCGCGCUGAGUGGAAAGCCCAGGAAAAGGCCUUUGAGCAGUUGAAUCUGGAGUCGUCCAAGACUAAUCUCACUGUAGCCGUAGACAUUGUGAUGCGACGCAUACAGGAACCGGUUAGGUUCGUCAUCGAGACCCCAGUGACCAUUCAGUCGGCCAGCGAAAUGCGUAUUAUGGACCAUUUUAUGUCGAAGCGACCCAUGACACUACGUUUCUAUUUGCACCUAAAGCGGACUGACGAGUCCAACUGGAAAGUGAAUAGCAUUGAUCCCUCUGAGGAAAUCACGGAGCAGCCGGGUCACCAGCAAAGCUCUUCACUGCUCAAGAUGGGUAUGAAUAAUCUAUCGCGCAUUGUGCGCAGUUCGUCCAUUGCCUCGAUUGAGGAUGAUUGCCCCUCGGACUACAGCAGCGAUGGGGAUGAGCCGUUGCUGAGUGGCACUGGUGAAGUAUCCAAGGAUUGCUCGCAGGACACGCUGGACGAGUGGGAUCCCAUUCUUCGGGAGUGGGACUCCGAAAAAAGACCGAAAAACUUGGCGCCUUUAGUUCGCCUCGGCGUUCCAGAAGCACUGCGUGAAAAGAUCUGGCAGAAGCUAGCUAACGUCGAGGGCAGAAUGGAGAUGAACGACAAGUACAAGAUCUUAAUCACCAAAGAAACCAAAUGUGAGACCGUUAUCCAGCGCGACAUCCAUCGCACUUUCCCGGCGCACAAAUGCUUCAAAGAAAUUGGCGGCUCUGGCCAAGACGCACUUUUUAAGGUAUCCAAAGCGUAUGCCGUUCAUGACAGCGAGGUUGGAUACUGCCAAGGUCUAAGUUUUAUAGCAGCUAGUCUGCUUCUUCAUAUGCCGGAGGAGGAUGCGUUCUGUGUUCUGGUAGCACUCAUGUACGACUAUGGGCUUCGUGAUCUCUACAAAGCCGGAUUCGAGGUUCUUUACCUUCGUCUCUACCAACUGGAGCGAUUGAUCAAGGAUCAGCUGCCCAAGCUGCAUGAGCACUUCACGGCCUGCGGCAUUGAGACGCACAUGUACGCCUCCCAAUGGUUCCUAACCUUAUAUACAGCGCGAUUCCCCUUGUGUUUCGUGUUCCACGUGCUGGAUGUCUUUCUGCUGGACGGACUACCUGUGCUCUUCCAGGUGGCCGUAACCCUUUUAUCAAUCUGUGAAUCCGAUUUGCGACAGCUUGAUUUUGAGGGCAUUCUAAAGUAUUUCCGGGUAACGUUGCCGAAGAAGUGCCGCAGCUCCAGUCAGGCACGCAAGGUGAUGAAACAAGCCUGCGAGCGUAAGAUAAAAAAGUUGAAGCAGUACGAGGAGGAGUUUCUGCUGAAGAAGCAGCACAAGGAGCGCCUGGAGAAAGAGGCACAGAUUUACGAGAAUCGUUUCGGCGAGGAGAGACGCAAAAUGCAGGCGGAAAUCGACGCAUUGAAUAAGCAACUCACUUCUGCCAAGGAGAGAGCUGUGGAGAAGGAGAAGAAGCACACAGGCAUUAUACAGGAAUACAAACAAAUCAUCCAGCGCCAAGAGCAGGACAUGAACACUCUAAGCGAGACCCUAGGAAAAGUGAUGCACAUGGUUUCCAAUUGCCAGGAUUGUCAGCAGAAAAUCGACGCCGGCAAUGACAACGCUAAGUCAGAUGACAGCAAGGCCAGGCGGCAAACCGAUGCCAUGCGGAAUGCCAAUGAGCAUCCACUAGGGCCACUUGAUCCGCUAAACGCUGCAUCGCAACGCAUACGCGAACUAGAGUUGGAGUUGGCCCAGGCCAAGCUGGCCCAAGUGGAAGCCGAGUGCAAGAACCAGGACCUCAACCAUCAGCUCAGCAACACGCUCAGUGAACUGCAAACCAACCGCAACAGCUGGCAGCCCUGGCUAUCGAAGACCUUUAAUUCGCUGCAGGAGAAGGUAACCACCCGAGGCGGCCAUCGGGAUAAUGGCGGUGGCGGACCGAUGCCCACAUUCCAAUCCUACAUGGGCCAGGCGCCAACUACUCUGAGCGAGGCCAGCUCCCCCAGCGGCAAUCAGGAGUACAAGACCUUUGCAUUUGCGUCGGUGGGAGGGUCACCGAAGUUGCCCAGCAAAUUUCAGGCCACCAAGCUGCGCAACAGCAUCGACAGUCUGCGCAAUAUAGUAGUGCCCCUGGACACCGGCAAAUCGCUAGCCGAGAAUCUCAAGCAGCAGCUGCAGCAGUAGGAUCAGCAGUGCGGAAUAGAAACAGAUACAACGUAGGAGGAUCUGGAUAGCAGACAGACCUACGGCAUUGACUACGUCUGGUAUUAUUUAUCAUAUUCGUCUAUAUACAUAUACAAAUGUGCAUUUUGAUUUCCAUAUAUAUGUACGCGAGUAAUAGAUUUUUAUUAUUUUGCACUUUGAGGCACCCGAAAGGCAGUGCUGGCCAGGAUGUGCCCCAGAUCAAUUAGUGGGUUGAAGUGAAUCUUGGGCGAUGGAUGUUCGUUGUUAUUUGU